AUCCCAUCACUGUGGAUGGGCGUGUCUCACGAGGAAGGUCACCAGCACACAAAAAAGACCCCUGACCUUGAGCUACAUCCUGAGAAAACAGACUCGUCCUUGACCUUCACCUCAUCCCUGAUGUCCAUGGGUGAGAUGCAAGAGGCCAAGGCCAUUGGAGAGUUGGGGAACCUUGACGAGAGGAAAGUUCUGGACCUCAAGAGAUGGUACUGCAUAAGUCGUCCUCAGUACAAGACAUCCUGCGGAAUCUCUUCUGUUGUGUCCUGCUGGAACUUCCUUUUUUCAACCCUUGGCCAUGGCAGCUUGAAACCACUAACCCAGGAGGCCGCCAUGAAGAUCUUGGGCUUCCAGUCACCGUUUGAGAACAUCAAGUUUGGUCCAAUUACCGGAAACCUAACUCUCCUCAGGUGGUUUCAGGAGCUGAACUCUUACUUCAAGGUCAAGGGCCGGAGCUACUUCCUGUUCAAGCCCUUUGGUAAGAACAAGACAGCUGGGGUCACGGAGGAGAUGGCCCUGCAGAUGCUGAAGGUGGGGCUGAGAGACCCCAAGAUGUCUUUCAUCUACCACUGCCACAACCACUACUUCUGCCCCAUAGGCUACGAGGAGACGCCUCUCUUUUGUGUUGAUGCGUACAAGGCUAAAGUAGGGGAGAAGGCUGUGGACACCUGGAUACUGGUGGGGGACACAAGCAGGAAGCAUCCCUGCAUUCAUUGCAAAAGCUGGGAGGACAUCUGCACAGAUCUGAACUGCCAGAGUCCAAGUUUCUUCAACAUCAGGCAGACCUGGAAGGGGAUCCAGCAGAGGCCCACAACGCGCAUGACUGGCGGGAACCUGCACUGUAUCAUGACAUUUCAGAGAGAUGACAACUUGUCAGGGUCAUCAACUCUGGCGUCCGUCAACUGGAGUAAAUCCCUGCCCCGGCAGUCACGCCUCCCUGUCCGUCCUACCGUGACCUCGAAUAGCACGGGGAGUUCAUCACCCAUCACAAAUUUAUCGCAGGACCUGUCUGGUCACUCUCAGAUCCAGACGCACCAGCCAGAACUGGAAGGCAACGGAGCAGAGGCGAGUAUGGAGGAAGAGGAAAUCCUUCCAACCAUGUAUAGACCUUUAUGGCAAAUCUACUGCACACCCUCCAACCCCCCAGUACGUAAGAGGGCCCUGACACUUAAGAGCAGGCUGCCCAUCACCAGAGAGGAGACAGAGUUUGACCCGGUGGAGAACAGCGUCAAGGAGAGGAUCCUGAGGGAGUUUGAAGCAGAAGAUAAUGAAGACUCCCAGUUUAGUGAGGUGGAGAGCCGAGGGAAAUAACUCUGUUGGAUUUAUGACCAAGGGAAAUAACUUUUAAUGCUUGUGAAGGUCAUCAGGUAUAAUUUUAUGAUAAAUGGUUUUUUUUUCCAAUUUAAUAUAUUUCCGUUUUCUUUACUGCUUCUACUCUAACAUAAAUGCUACUGUUGUUUUUUUUUACCUAUCACUCAUGGCCAGUCUGUUUAUAGAAGUUUUGUGUGAAGCCUAAAACAUUUCAAUUAAAAAUAUAUGAAAAAAAAUUAUUUUACUAUUUACUUAUAUAUUUUAUUCACAUAUUUCUUUUCAUUAAGUUAACAUCCUACCAAACCUGUGUGUGAAAUAUUGUGUGUAAAUAGGCUUGAAAAGCUGGUGCCAAAUAGUUCCAAAAGUUAGUUGCCAGAAAGUAUAUUUUUCAACCAAAAUUAAUUAUUUUAUAACAUUUGUGUAAUAAGCACAAAAUGACUUCUGGUUUCAUUAAGGCUAGAAGCAGUCAAACAAAUAAUUAAUAGUAAUAUACUAGUAAUUUAGCAAAUACUUUAAUUAUUUAUUUGGAUUAGUAGAGUCAUAUUGUUGUGGUGAUAUAUUAUUUAAUAUAAAUUCAAUACUAUGCUAUACACCGUUGACCACUAUUUGGUAUUUU